AUGUUAUUUUUUCCCAUCUUUACUUUUCUUUUUUUUCAUCUUCUUUUCUUUUUUCAUCUUUUCUGUUUUUCCCCCAUCUUUACUUCUUUUCUGUUUUUUUUUUCAAUCUUUACUUCUUUUGUUUUUUUUUCAAUCUUUACUUCUUUUCUGUUUUUUUUAAUCUUUACUUCUUUUCUGUUUUUUUUAAUCUUUACUUCUUUUCUGUUUUUUUUUAAUCUUUACUUCUUUUCUGUUUUUUUUUUCAAAACUUUACUUCUUUUCUGUUUUUUUUUUCAAUCUUUACUUCUUUUCUGUUUUUUUCCAUCUUUUUCUUUUCUGUUUUUUUUUUCAAUCUUUCUUUUUUCUGUUUUUUUUUUCAAUCUUUUUCUUUUCUGUUGUUUUUUUUCAAUCUUUUACUUUCUUUUCUGUUUUUUAAUCUUCACUUCUUUUCUGUUUUUUUUUUUUACUUGUUUUUCUGUUUUUUAUCUUUACUUCUUUUCUAUUUUUUCCACCUUUACUUCUUUUCUGUUUUUCCAUCUUUACCUCUUUUCUGUUUUUCCAUCUUUACUUCUUUUCUGUUUUUUCAUCUUUACUUCUUUUCUGUUUUUUCAUCUUUACUUCUUUUCUGUUUUUUCAUCUUUACUUCUUUUCUGUUUUUUCAUCUUUACUUCUUUUCUGUUUUUUCAUCUUUACUUCUUUUCUGUUUUUUCAUCUUUACUUCUUUUCUGUUUUUUCAUCUUUACUUCUUUUCUGUUUUUUUUUCAAUCUUUACUUCUUUUCUGUUUUUUUUUUCAAUCUUUACUUCUUUUCUGUUUUUUUUUUCAAUCUUUACUUCUUUUCUGUUUUUUUUUUCAAUCUUUACUUCUUUUCUGUUUUUUUAAUCUUCACUUCUUUUCUGUUUUUUUUUAA